GCGCAUGUCCGAUGCAGUGACGCCGCAGCUCCAUGUGUGUGAAGCGCAUUAUUUGGCAACGGGAGAAGCAGCGGGGAGGGUUGAUAAAGGGGGAUCCCCAGGAUUUUUUUUACACCGAAAUACCGGGGUAAAUACUCAUCCGAACCUCGAGGAAGAGCCGGAGGAGAAACGUGCAGCGCCACCCCAACUCCGUGCCGGCAUGUCGGAGGAGGCGGUGCGUCGGACCCGCAGCCAGAAGCGGGCGCUAGAGCAGGAUGCCCUGCCCGUGGAGGUGGACAGCAAGAAGGUCAAGAUGGAGAAGGGGGACCAAGGGAAAGGCGAGACCGGGGUGACCGACGGCCUGAAGGUCGCUGGCAUCCUCAAAGCCGGCGAGGUGAAGGCCACCAUCAAGGUGGAGGUGCAGACGAGGGAGGAGCCGGUCGACAUGAGCACCUCUAAAAGACACAUACACACACUCUCUCUCUCUCAGCCCGCUGGAUCGUCCGGAUCUGUGGCCACCCCUCCUCCUCUGGUCAGGGGCAGCAUCACAGCCAGUAAAGGACCCAUACAGGUGACAUCAGGGCGCAGCUCGGGUGCGGUGAUCCCACCACCACUGGUGCGGGGGGGCCAGCAGGUGUGCGCCAAGCUGGGCUCACAGAACGCCCAGAUCGUCAUGCCGCCCUUGGUCAGGGGCGCCCAGGUCCAAGGCUUACGGCAGCAGCAGCACUCAAGCUCAGGGGGGCCACCUCCGCUCCUGCUAGCCCCCCGCGCCAGCGUGCCCAGCGUGCAGGUGCAGGGCCAGAGGAUCAUCCAGCAGGGCCUCAUCCGCGUCGCCAACGUCGCCAACACCAGCGUCCUGGUCAACAUCCCGCAGGCCUCCCCGACCAACCUUAAAGGCUCUUCAGUGACGUCCGGCCUGGCCAAUAGCGUGACGGCGGUCGGCGUGAAUGACUCUCCUGCCAGCCGACAGGCGGCCGCCAAGCUCGCCCUACGCAAGCAGCUAGAGAAGACCCUGCUGGAGAUCCCUCCGCCCAAGCCACCCACGCCCGACCUCAACUUCCUGCCUUCGGCCGCUAACAACGAGUUCAUCUACCUGGUGGGCCUGGAAGAGGUGGUGCAGAACCUUCUGGACACGGUUGCCAAGGGGAAGCUGCAGGUCUCUCCGGUUUCAUCCACGGCUCCUGCCCCCAAAGAGCCCUUCACCUGUGCCCAGUGCAAGACCGACUUCACAUCUCGCUGGAGGCAAGACAAGAGCGGCACGGUCAUGUGCGAGCAGUGCACGACGUCCAAUCAGAAGAAGGUGCUGAAGGCAGAGCACACCAACCGGCUGAAGGCGGCCUUCGUCAAGGCGCUGCAGCAGGAGCAGGAGAUCGAGCAGCGCAUCAUGCAGCAGAGCCUCUCCGCCUCUCCCGCCUCCAAGACCGUCCCGGUGCUCCCCGCUAUCAAGGUGGAGCAGCAGACCCUGGUGUCCCAGCAGCUGAGGCAGGGCCGGCCCUCCCCCCUGCAUCCGCAGCCAAGCCGGGGGGUCACCAUCAACCGCCAUCAUUCCACUGUCAAACAGAGCCCCGGCCAGCUCUCCCGGAGCGCCCAGGCCUUGGCGGGGCGAGUGGCGGCCCACUCCAUCUCGCAGGCCGCGCAGCUCCAGAGCGCCGUCACCGCUGCCGCACUGGUCAGCAGGCCAGGUAAGCAUGCUGUGCACGCAGGGGGAAAGGGCAGCAGCCGUAACUCCGCCGUCGACGCCUGGAGGAAGCGGAGCCCCGCAAGCCAAGGAGUGACUAUGGCUUACGUCAACCCCAGCCUCUCUCAAGUGCACAAGAGCUCUUCCGCUGUGGAUCGUCAACGCGAGUAUCUCCUGGACAUGAUCCCCUCUCGCUCGAUCUCCCAGACAGCGAACACGUGGAAAUAAUGCAAAUGCUCCUUAUUAAUGAAAAUAAUAGCAGCUGUCAUCAUUACCAACAUAACAAUCUACAACCCCCGGUUACAAGCCUGGGACAGCAAACUGUCGACCAAUAAAUUGACUCCUUCCUCUGUACCUUACCCGCCAUGACACCAGUCUCCAAGUGGAAUGUUGCAAAGUUGUAUGAGACAGUGAUACUUGAUCCUGGACUCUUGGGAUGUUUUAUUCAAAAAGAAAUUGUUUAGAGGAAAUGGACCUCGUGAAAUUCCCCUUUGUUGGCCGUGACCAUCUGCAGGCAUAUUUUUGCGACCCC